GAGAGAGAGAGAGAGAGAGAGCUUGCAAGUUGCAAUCCCCCAAACGAUGCAGAAGAGGAGAGAGCUUGCUUUCUCUUAUCUCCUCAUACUCUCACUCCAACCUCUCAUUCUCUUAUCUGCUGCUACGAGUCUUCUUCCUGAUGCGGCUCUACUCUCGCCCGAUGCACUCGCUCUCCUCUCCUUUGAAGCCUCAGCUGACAUCAGCAACAUCCUCCCUUUCUCUUCCAAGAAGCAUUCUAACCAUUGCCAAUGGCUAGGGGUAACAUGCGCCGGAGUGAAAGUAGUCCGCUUCGUCCUCGAGGGGUUGCCCCUCAAAGGCUCCUUCGCCGAGAACACUUUGACUCGCCUCGACCAACUCCGAGUCCUGAGCCUGCAGAACAACUCGCUCUCCGGCCCGAUUCCCAACCUCUCCGGACUCAUCAACCUCAAAACUCUCUUCCUCGACCACAACGCCUUCUCCGGCAGCUUCCCAUCGUCGAUCCUCACACUCCACCGCAUCCGAAUCCUUGAUCUCUCCAACAACAACCUCUCCGGCCCGAUCCUGCCCGGUAUAGUCACGCUCGGCCGCCUCUACUACCUCCGACUCGAGUCGAACCGGUUCAACGGCACGAUCCCCCCGCUCAACCAAUCAUCUCUCCGGAUUUUCAACUUCUCCAGCAACGAGCUCUCCGGCGCGAUCCCAGAGACUCCGAUCCUAUCAUCUUUCGACGACACGUCAGCGUUUUCCGGGAACCCUGGCCUCUGUGGCGAGAUGAUUCACAAGCAAUGCCAGUCGCAUUCUCCGUUCUUCAGCUCUUCAAUCGCACCAAACCCACCGUCGAUGGCAGAAGAGCAAAGUGGGCAAUUGCAAGGACUUCUCUUGCCGGCUCCGUCUUCAAAGAACCACAAAAAAACUGCCGCUGCGAUUAUAGGCAUCUGCGUCGGAAUUCUACUUGUAAUCGGAUUCCUAGUGAUAACCUCGGUUGGCAUAAAGAGGCUGCUGCAGAAACGAAGGAUUGCAGCGCCGAUGAUGGCUUCUUCGGUCAUGGACGACGCAGAAUCAGCGGCGUCAGUGGCUGUGGUCUCCGAUCGGAAGAAGAUAGAGGGGUUGGAGAUGGGGAAGAGCGGGAACUUGAUAUUUUGCGCAGGGGAGGCGCAGGUUUACACGGUAGACCAGCUGAUGAGAGGAUCGGCUGAGAUGCUGGGGAGAGGGACGGUGGGGACCACUUACAAGGCGAUCCUGGAGAAUCAGCUGAUCGUAAGUGUGAAGAGAUUAGAUGCGAGGAAGAUGGGAGGGAUGAGCAAGGAAGGGUUCGAGAGGCAUAUGGAAGGAGUCGGGAAUCUGCGGCAUCCGAAUCUGGUGCCACUGCGGGCCUUCUUCCAGGCAAUGGAAGAGAGAUUGCUGGUGUAUGAUUACCAGCCUAAUGGCAGCCUCUUCACUCUAAUUCACGGUUCAAGAUCAGCACGGGCGAAACCUCUUCACUGGACUUCCUGCCUGAAGAUUGCUGAGGAUGUGGCCCAGGGCCUUGAAUACAUCCACCGAGCAUCCGGACUGGUCCAUGGCAACCUCAAAUCAUCGAACGUUCUCCUCGGCCCUGAUUUCGAAGCCUGUCUCACUGACUAUUGCCUCAUGGCUAUGGUUGAAGCCACACCAGAGGAUACCGACUAUGGUUACAGGGCCCCUGAAACCCGAAAAUCUAUUCAGCGGGCAACUGCAAAAUCAGAUGUGUAUGGUUUCGGCAUGCUCUUGUUAGAGCUCACGACUGGCAGAGCUCCAUUGGAACAGCCCGUCCUAAUGUCCACAGAUUUGGUUUCUUGGGUCCGUUCUGUUAGGGUGGAGGAAGAUAGUGAGUACAAUCACCUCACCUUGCUCCUUGACAUUGCGAUCGCUUGCAUCCGUCGGUUGCCAGAUCAAAGGCCCACCACAUGGCAGGUUUUGAAGAUGAUUCGAGAAGUGAAAGAAACAGAACUGGGAGACUGAAAUUUUACUAGGAGAUGACCGGUCUAAAUUCGACUAUGUUUUGUAAUGUAUAUUCCUUUGGAUGUUUGCUAAGCUCCACAUGCACGGAAUACAUGCCAAUGUGACAAACGUAUUAGAUCUUAACUUUUCA